AUGGAGUUGACAGAAAUCUUGCUGUCCAUACUGCUCGGGCAGUUUGCUUCGUUCUCCGGCGCGCCAUUCCUUAUCGGCCAGUGCUGCAAGAAAAAAAAGGAGGAAGAAGAGGAUGACGAUGACGAGGAGGAAGAGGAAGAGAGCAGUCCCGGCACGGCGGAGAGCGCCGUCAAGCCAAAGAAAGACCCGAAGAAGAAGAAGGCUGGUGGUGCUGGCAAGAAGGGCGCCACCGACGAUCCGAACUACCAAACGCUCGCUGGUGUCGGCGGCGACUGUUUCGGCGCUGACAAGAAGGGAGCUGGCGGUGGAGGCGGCGGCGGUGGUGGAGGCCCAAGGCACCGGCUAACCAGGGCGCCAAAGCUGCUACGGCCGACCCUAACUACCAGACGCUGGCUGGCGUCGGCGGCGAUUGCUUCGGAGCCGAUAAAGGCUGGUGGAGGCGGCGGUGGAAAGCCAGUCGCUCCUGCCAAUAAGGGCGCCAAAGCUGCGACGGCCGACCCCAACUAUCAGACGCUGGCUGGCGUGGGCGGCGACUGCUUCGGAGCUGACAAGAAGAAG